GCUCAACCUAACUCUUACAUGCUGCCAUCAGACGAGUUCGCCCUUAUCAACUACUAUCGACAACGUUUCGGUGACUCGGAAGUCCUGAAGAGCGCUACAAAACGGUUCUGGGACAACCAUACGGGGACUCAAUAACUUUUCAACUUUUCCUGAUCGUUGCACUUGCGAGUUUUGAAGCAAGCACAAUUUGAGAUAUUUUCAGCAUUCAACGGACCGGAAGCCAUUAGGAGUUUUUGCAUUUUUCGCACGAUACCUCUGACAACGGCGUUACACCUGCUUUACUCAGCCGCGGAAAUCACCUUUCUAAAGGUCUUGCGAGGCACCUCGUACAACCAAGAGCAGAACUACGGUACAAGCAUUACACUGUAUAGUGAGGGGUUGGAUACAAUGGCAAAGGCAGCACCACCAUUAUGGCCGGCGGCUAGCGAAGGACCACUGGGUUUCAUGUUCCUCGUUCUAAUGUUAGUUUUGGUGCCUCAUUUAGCAUUGGCUUUAUUCGUAUCGCCGCCGCACUUGCUUGACCAAGUUUCCACUCUGGAUCGCUAUGUACUGAACGAGUCCUCGUCGCUCGAGUGUCUACAAGUUACAGCUCCAAUAUUCAGUCCAUCUGAGAGCUGCCAACAAAUACUGAUGACUCAUGUCUUUGCCUUUUCCUAUGGGCAGCCCUUCAUAGGUGCAUACUAUCCACCAGAUUGCAGUUUCAACCGCGUAACUUUCAAGUUCGCAGUUAUGUCAGCAGGACGACAAUUCGAUAGGUUAGCACUUAUGUUCUUUGGUGACAUCGAAAUCUUCCGUACCUCGACUGCUGAGCCUACCCAAAAUGGCAUUACCUGGACCUACGUCAAAGAUAUGACAAUGUAUCUUGCCCUUUUUCAAAGGCCACAGAAGAUCAUUUUCGACCUGGGCAAUCUUGUUGACGAUACAUAUACCGGCUCAUGGAACACGACAUUGACUGCGCACUUCUUCACUACCGACGAGACAAUCCAACCUGCCGACAAUAUUAUACCAGUGUCGGCUAGGCAAUCCAAUGCCAACAAAUCGAGUGGUUUUAGUGUUCCUGGGUCGAAGGCAAUCAACACCCUUACGUUUCCCCAAAACGCCAAGAAGGCAAUUUUCUUGAUCUCCGCCUGCGGCCAAGCUGCUGAAGAGUUCUGGUGGAGCAACGUGUUCUCUUCUAAUACGCAAGCCUUUGGCGGCGAGGCGAGCCUUUACGGUCAUUCGCCUUUCAGGGAAGUCCAACUCUUCAUUGACGGCAUUAUGGCGGGGGUUGCCUGGCCUUUUCCAGUGAUCUUUACCGGUGGCGUUGUCCCUGGGCUCUGGCGACCCAUUGUCGGCAUUGAUGCGUUUGAUCUGAGGGAAGACGAAAUUGAUGUUUCGCCGUUCAUACCUUUGCUUAGCGAUGACAGAGAACACACGUUCGAAAUUCGUGUUGUUGGUAUUGAUGACGAUGAACAUGGGAACGGGACCUUGACCGAAGCUCUCGAGUCGUAUUGGAUCGUGACUGGAAAACUCUUCAUAUGGUUGGAUACAAAUACCAGCCUCACCAUGGGAACACCUCCAGUUGUUUUUGCACCAGAUCCAUCAAUAUCCAUGUACUCCAGGCUACGAAAGAACGCCAGUGGUAUUGUACAAUCUCUGGACUACUCUGUUCAAGUGUCCCGGGAGUUGAUCAUCACAUCUACUAUCCAGACCUCUUCCGGCUCUGGAAUCAUCACUUGGAAGCAGAACCUUACGUCUUCCAGUAUCGGGACUUUGUCCAAUCAAGGAAACACUCAAAUUGUAUGGCAUUCCACGGUCGGCAUGCAUUCGUCCCCUUCGUCAGAGUACUACAAGACCUUCGAUUACCCUCUUUAUGUCUGGUCAUCUUACAACAUGUUUUCCGGUGGCGAAUAUAUCAUACACGCCGACAUGGAUCGUGGGAAGUAUGCUUAUCAGUUCGGAGAACUAGCAUAUCCGAAUGAGUGGAAAACGUUUGAUCACGCUGGUCAGGCAUCAACGCCCUUCCGUGGAACGACCAUACACAACCGGCAAAAUGGAACCGCCUCAUAUUAUGGCAUCCCUGCACAGAGAAGAGCGUAUAGUUCGGGCAGCACUGAACAGUCAUUUUUGCUCAAAGGAGUAAGCGAAGUGACCGUAAGGGAAGUAGGGUUGCCAACAUUGACCAAAGAGGAAUUAUAUCGGCGACAUGUGAUUGCAGCAAAUGACUCGGUGGUGUCUGACGAAACGACUUUUGUUGAGGAGAGUAGUCAGAGGUACGUAAAGCCAUGGAUGCAGGCAAGGGGGGCUCAUAGGUUUGCAAUGAAGGGCAUCAAAGCGUGGCUUGGGAGAGGACCGUUUUAACCGAAGGAUGGACGAUCAUAAAGUUCAAUUUGUAGGGAUGUUGUGUGACAGUCACUCAUCAGGCGAG